GCAUCGGAGCGGAAGCGAAAAGCAGUUAAAUUUUCCAAUUGCCAAUUUUGCACUACCACCACACCCAAAGCGACGCUUCGACCUUUCGACUCGCCGCCGCUUCGACUCCCUCCGCCUCCUACUCAUUCAUUUUCCUCUCUUCUUCUGCUUCUUCUCUCCGCCGCGAAUUCCGUUGCUCCUCCGCUCUUUCUCUAACUUCCGCCGUCAGAGAUUUGCUCGGUACUGAUACUGCCGAGGUUGCUUCUCCGCGUCUUCUCUUAAUUCCGCCGUCAGAAAUCUGCUCGGUGCUGACACUGCCGAUUAAACAGAGGUGUUAGAAAAAUUAUGGAGAAGACAAUUUUAGUUGACAAUGCUUGAAUUCAAGGAGAAGAUUCCCAGUGAUUAUCUACUGAUCAACAUGGAAACUGCAGUGUGUAAUGAAAAACCAAAUUCUCAGUCAGAAAAGGAGUACUCAGAGAAGCUCACUGAGUCCAUGAACAAUGCUUUGUUGGAGGAGCCUUCAGUAAAUAUUAGUGCAAAUUUGCCUCUAACUGAAGCCCUGCCUGCUGUAUUGCCGAAGAGACAGCGGAAGAGAGCUAGGAGCAGUGGUGCUAAAGUUAUUAAUAAUUUCAAUCCAGUGCAAAGCUUGGACAUUCUGGUAAACCCAGUGGAAUCCCAGAAUAAUGUGCAGAGAAGUCAUGCCCCAAAUAUUGGUGAUUCAGAUCUAUGCUGUUUGAAGGGGACACUUUCAGUUGAGAAUAUUACUCCUGAAAAAAAAAAUUGUGUGCAGUCUUUGGGUAGGGAUGAACAUCAUAAUGAUUCACUUGGGACUGAAAAACUGAUGGAUGAGCCUUCAAUGAGUAUCAUUUCUGAUUUGGUACCAGCUGAGUUACCUCCUCUGGGAGGCUUGACUAAUAGGAAGAGAAAGAAGAAGGAUACAAUAGGUGUUGCCCUAGAAUCUGAAAAUUCAUGCCCGGAGUCUUGUGCUGUAAUUUGCACGGCAAUUUCAGAAAAGGAAGAACAGCAAGAAGAUUUGUUUCACGAGCGAAAAAAGAAGAGAAAGAAGCAGGAUAAAGGCAUAAAAUCCAUGAGAGUGAUGAUAAAAAUUGUGAUAUUUCUGUUGGUACUUCUUUAGCUGAAACUAUUAUGCCAACGGUAGAUCAUUCUGUAGAGCCUUCUGUCGUAGACUUCCCUGAACAAGUGGAACAGGUGGCAAUGGCACAACCACCUAUGGAGGGAAUUGGCACAAAUGAAAACUCAAAAAUUGCUGAACCUAUUGAAGAUUCGAGCUCCUCAAGAAAAAAGAAGAAAAAGACGCAGAAGAAGUCUAAAACCCAAGAGAGUAUUGAUGAAAGUUGUGGGAAUGACAGAAGUUGUAAGCUGUCAGUUGGUAUUUCUUUAGUGGAAAAUAUUAUGCCAGGAAGAGAUCCGCCUCAACAACCUCCUGUCUCAGAAUCCUCGGAACAAAAGCUCGAAUUGCCACAGCCACUUACGGAAAGAAUGAACAUGAAAAUUAAUUCAGAAAGUUCUGAACCUAUUCAAGAUUUGAGUUCCUCAAGAAAAAAGAAGAAAAAGACUCAGAAGAAGUCUGAAACCCGGGAGAGUAAUGAUGAAAGUUGUGGUAAUGACAAAAGUUGUGAGCUUUCGGUUGGUAUUUCUCUAGUGGAAAAUAUUAUGCCAGGAAGAGAUCCGCCUCAACAACCUUCAGUCUCAGAAUCCUCGGAACAAAAGCUAGAAUUGCCACAGCCACUUACGGAAAGAAUGAACACGAAAAUUAAUUCAGAAAGUUCUGAACCUAUUCAAGAUUUGAGUUCCUCAAGAAAAAAGAAGAAAAAGACUCGGAAGAAGUCUGAAACCCGGGAGAGUAGUGAUGAAAAAAGUUGUGAGCUUUCAGUUGGUAUUUCUUUAGUGGAAAAUAUUAUGCCAGGAAGAGAUCUGCCUCAACAACCUCCAGUCUCUGAAUCCUCAAAACAAAUGCUAGAAUUUUCACAGCCACUUAUGGGAGGAAUGAGCAUGAAAAUUAAUUCAGAAAGUUCUGAACCUAUUGAAGAUUUGACUUCCUCAAGUAAAAAGAAGAAAAAGGCUCGGAAGAAGUCCGAAACCUGGGAGAGUAAUGACGAAAGUUGUGGUAAUGACAAAGUUGUGAGCUUUCAGUUGGUAUUUCUUUAGUGGAAAAUAUUAUGCCAGGAAGAGAUCUGCCUCAACAACCUCCAGUCUCUGAAUCCUCAAAACAAAUGCUAGAAUUGCCACAGCCACUUAUGGGAGGAAUGAGCACGAAAAUUAAUUCAGAAAGUUCUGAACCUAUUGAAGAUUUGACUUCCUCAAGAAAAAAGAAGAAAAAGGCUCGGAAGAAGUCCGAAACCUGGGAGAGUAAUGACGAAAGUUGUGGUAAUGACAAAAGUUGUGAGCUUUCAGUUGGUAUUUCUUUAGUGGAAAAUAUUAUGCCAGGAGUACAUCCACCUCAACAACCUCCAGUCUCAGAAUCCUCGAAACAAAAGCUAGAAUUGCCACAGCCCCUUAUGGAAGGAAUUAGCGCAAAGAUUAAUUCAGAAAGUUCUGAACCUAUUGAAGAUUUGAGUUCCUCAAGAAAAAAGAAGAAAAAGAAUCCGAAGAAGAAUUCUGAAACCAGGGAGAGUAAUGACAAAAGUUGUGAGCUUUCUGUUGGUAUUUCCUUAGUGGAAAGUAUUAUGCCAGUAGUAGAUCCGUCUCAACAGCCUCCAGUCUCAGAAUCCUCAGAGCAAAAGCUAGAAUUGCUACAACCCCUUAUGGAAGGAAUUAACGCAAAAAUCAAUUCGGAAAGUUCUGGCCUGUUGAAGAUUUGAGUUCCUCAAGAAAAAAGAAGAAAAAGACACAGAAGAAAAGGUCAGAAGCCCGGGAGAGUAAUGAUGAAAGUUGUGGGAAUGACAAAAGUGGUGAGUUUUCAGUUGGUAGCUCUUUAGUGGAAAAUAUUGUGCCAGGAGUAGAUCUGUCUCAAAAGCCUCCAGUCUCAGAAUCCUCAGAACAAAAGCUAGAAUUGCCACAAUCACGUAUGGACGGGAUUAGCACGAAAAUUAAUUCAGAAAGUUCUGAACCUACUGGAGAUUUGAGUUCCUCAAGAAAAAAGAAGAAAAAGUUUAAAACCCGGGAGAGUAAUGAUAAAAGUUGUGAGCUUUCAGUUAGUAUUCCUUUUGUGGAAAAUUUUAUGCCAGGAAUAGAUCCCUCUCAGCAGCCUCCAGACUCAGAAUUCUCAGAGGAAAAACUAGAUUUGCCACAACCACUUGUGAAGGGAAAUAGCGCGGCAGCAAGUUCAGAAGGUCCCAAGUCGCUUAAUGUGGACUUGAGUUGCUCACAAGAACAGAAGAAGAAGCGAAAGAGAAGGCAUAAGACCAAUGAGUGUAUUGAUGAAAGAUGUGAUCUUUCUGUUGGUACUUCUUUAGGAGGAAAUACUUUUCCAGGAGUAGAUCUUACUGUACAGCCUCCACUUGCAAUGUUCUCAAAACAAGAUCUAGAAGUGGAAAAACCUCUUGUUGAGGGAAUUAAACAAAGAAUCAAUUCUGAGAGUAUCGAACUCAUUGAAGUUUUGAGUUGCUCACAAGGGAGAAAGGAUCGGAAGAAAAGGCUUAAAAUGCGUAAGAGUAAUGAUACAAGUUCUGAUCCUUCUGUUGGUACUUCAGUGGAGAAGAUUAUUCCAGAAGCGGAUCCAUCUCCACAGCCUCCGGUAGCAGUAGUAUCAGACCUACAUGUGAUACAAUUACUUUUGGAGGAAAGUACUUUACAGGAGAAAAAUGAGGACAAGGAUCAGAACAAGAGAUCUAAUGCCUCAGGAAAUAACAACACCAACCACCAAGUUUGCGCUGGCUUUCCUGGCCAGGUUGAUUUGGGUGCUGUGGCGAAGGAAGGCAGUUAUUCACAGAUACCAUAUUGGGCUGUUGAAAGACCUCUUGUUUAUGUUUCUUGGAAAAAGCUUCUCAUUCUUGAUGUAAACGGGCUUCUUGCUGAUAUUGUUCAACUGGUUCCCCAGCAGAUUAAACUGUAUAAACCAGACACAAUGAUAGCAAGGAAAUCAGUUUUUAAGAGGCCAUUUUAUGAUUCUUUUCUACUGUUCUGCCUUGACUAUUUUAACGUGGCUAUUUGGUCUUCAAGAAACAAGAAGAACGUGGACGCGGUGGUAGAUUAUCUUUUGGGAAUUUCCAAAAAGAAAUUGCUUUUUUGCUGGAAUCAAUCCCACUGUACUAAAACGAAGUUCAAAACUCUUGACAACAAGGAAAAACCCCUUGUUUUCAAAGAACUUAGAAAGUUAUGGGAGAAGCAUGAUCCUGAUCUUCCAUUUGCAAGGGGAGAGUACAACGAGACAAACACAUUAUUAGUGGAUGAUUCUCCGUACAAAGCUUUAUGCAAUCCAGAGAACACAGCAAUAUUUCCCUUCCCAUAUCGAUUCAAGAAUCGAACAGAUAGAUCACUAGGGGUUGGAGGCGAUCUUCGUCGUUAUGUGGAAGGAUUAGUUUAUGCUCCAAAUGUUCAAGAAUAUGUGAAGCACAAUCGAUUUGGUCAACGCCCCAUAACAAAGAAAGCUAAAUCGUGGAAAUUUUAUAGUCAAGUUUUAAGGGAUCAGGCGCUGUCACCCAAAAAUUGAUACCAUUACUUGUAUUGGCCGGUGGAGUUGAAGUUGGCUAAAGUUACUCAGGAAACGGGUUCCUGAGUUGAUUCUAAACACCUCCAUGGCAACGAAUAAUUGUGUAAGUUGUAUUGGCAACCCACAUAAACCUUGUGCUUCCAGUCAAGAUGAAAUUGUUCGGCAACUCCUUCUUCAGAAGCCUUUCUUGUGCGCUUGGAUCCUUCGGUGUUUUUCACUUCCUAGCGGUCCAGUUCUCAGUAAACGUGUAAGAGCACAUUCGUUGUUUUGUUUCGGUUUUUUUGUUUACCAAGCAUACAGAGCUAGAAGGAUAGAGCGUUUUAUUUACUUGGGUAAGAAAUGCAAUAUCUUCGAAGAGUUUGCUACUGAAUUUUGUUGGCUUAAUUAUAUUCGGUUUUUUAUAUAAGCGACAUUCUUAUUA